AUGAGGGAAACCAGAAGAGUGAACUUCAUGAAAGACAUAAAAGUAAUGAUGUAUGGAUAUGGAGAUGUCAUUGCGCCUAGAUAUGACACUGCAGAAGCUCUCCAUGGAUAUGUCUUGGACUACAUGAGCAUUCUUUUGACAAACACUCACAACAUGGCACAGGUAAAGGGAAAGACAAAGACAGAGGAUCUCUUAUACUACUUGAAGAGAGAUAGGAAGAAGUACUCACGAGUUAGGCAUUUACUGAUUACAAACGAGGAGAUCAAGUUGGCAAAGAAGGCGUUUGAGCCCAAGGACUAUGAAAAGGAGUGA